AUGCCUUUCUUGCUCAAGUUGACUGAAACGGCUCUCAACCUAGCUGUUUCGACCACUAGGAAUGUUCGCAGUCUUCCUGCCGCUAGGCAGCCAUUGGUCAUCACAAACGAUGCAAUAAUAGCUGCCAGUAAGAAGUUGAAAUCCUCCACGGGAUGUGGCCCAGACGGUAUCCCAUCGCUUGUCAGACCACUUACUGCAGUAUUCAACCUCUCGCUGACUUCCGGGGUGUUUCCGGUGUGCUGGAAGCAGUCAUAUGUAUUUCCAGUUUUCAAAAAGGGCUGCAAGAGGACCGUAUCAAACUACCGGGAAAUAGCUGCGCUGUGCGCCGUUUCCAAGCUAUUUGAGUUGAUUGUUCUUGGCGAAUUGACUUCAAGUUACGCCCAUUACAUUUCAAACGACCAACACGGGUUUAUGCCCAAACGUUCAACGACCACUAACCUGGCGUGCUUCACUUCCUUUGUAAUAAGACAAAUAGAGAAUGGCCAUCAGGUGGAUGCAAUCUAUACAGAUCUUUCUGCUGCAUUCGACAAAAUGAAUCACUAG